AUGUCUUCACCGACUCCAUCACCUCCAAGUUUGCAAUCUGAUCAAGAAUCGAGGGACUCCACUUCAUCCGAAUUCUCUUCUACAAUUACAACGCAAUAUAAUCCAAAUUUAGUGCUAGAACAAGACCAAAAACAUAUAUACAAGUUGAACACCCUAACUUCACAUGGAGUAGAAGACAUCUUAUCCGAAGGGGUUAACUACGGAACGCAAGAAAAUGUGUUUCUAGAUUGCAAGACAGAAGCAUUAAGCGUUGUUUCAAAUAAUUUUUCGCAAGAUUAUAACUCAAGGGACUCGACAGGUUUUAGUAUUCACGAUAUUCUUGGGCUUCAUCAGUCAUAUACUGCUACCAGCGCACAGGAAGAUUUACAGACAAAAUAUGACUAUCAAAUAUCCAACUAUGAAAAUAUAAGUAACGGUUCCCAUAACGAUUACGGUUCGGGAACUGAGGAAGUGACAUCCCAUAAUUGUUUGAAUAAAAGUGACAUAUUUUCUUCUAAUAUUCAAAUGGACAGCCAAAUGAAUUACAAUAGAAAUUAUUUACACAAUGAACCUGUACCAUGUCAUCAAAGAAGUGGUAUAGAAAACGAUGUUGUAAAAGAUACUGUAAGGGACAUAAGCGAUUUACGUGAAUCCAGUUUUCCCAACCAGAGUCCUUCCUGGAGCAAAACUUCUUCGACGAUAAAUAACCCUGUCAUCAGUGCAGCUUCUUCUUUAUCAAACGAUAUGCCUUCCGACACGACUUCAUACCAGAAAGGAUUUACUAAGCGAGCCCGUACAGCAUACACGAGUUCACAAUUAGUGGAGUUGGAAAAUGAAUUUCAUCAAAACCGCUAUCUAUGUCGACCAAGACGCAUCGAACUUGCAAAUUAUCUCCAACUUUCAGAACGCCAAAUUAAAAUAUGGUUUCAAAAUAGAAGAAUGAAAUAUAAGAAGGACAAUAAGCAUAACAAACCCUCCUCAUCAGUGGAUGACAGCAGCCCAUCGAGUUCCAAAGAAACGUCACCCAGUCAAGACCAUAAGAUGAGUCAUGGCAGAAGCUGCGGAGGGCAUGAUCGUCACCGAAGAUUGCUCACAGAUAGUCACGCAAGUCAUCAUAAAAUGUACGUUGGUUCCAACGACAUGUUAUCCAGACCUUCAGACUACUCUUCAAUUAACACUUUAAAAACUGUGAUCAAAGGUCCACAAAACUUGAUGGAAAGAUCCACGAAAAUUGAGCUGCCAUCGUAUACUCCGAACUUGUCAUAUUCCUCGUACUAUAGUGCAGGAACGAGUAGAGCUACUUACUCACCGAUGUCCGAGGUUUAUCGUUACGGUACCGAUGAUUCACUGCAGCCGAAUUCUAAUGCACUAUCUUCGCUCCAGUCGGACACCUAUGUGCCAAACGGAGUUAACUUGAAACUAAACGAGGAUAUGACACGGUACUCGACCGGUUCGUAUUAUAAUUCAUUGUCUAGUGGCGUUGUUAUGCAUCCACCUUCAACAGAUACGUAUAUAUUCAAUGCGCCUAUUUCGACGACAGUAACGCCAACCUACGAGGAUAACAAUCUACAAUCGAGAACCGCAAAUUUGCCGUUCACACAGGACCCGUAUUUUACAUAUUUGGCAACACCAGAUGCUAGUAACCAAAACCCUAGCACUGCGGCUAACAGUAAAUUUUCAUCUUAUAUUUCCUUGUAA